AUGAGCUCCGAUCGAGGGGACGGUGCACCAGCCAGAUCUGGGCACCGGCGGGAUGAUUCCACGCCUGCUGCUGUGGCGGCGGAGGCCGGGCUGACGGACGAGGAGGUGGCCGAGCGGCAUCGGGCGCGGAUGACGGAGCACGGGCGGCAGUACGAGGACGAGGCGGAGAGGGAGCGGCGGCUGGCGAUCUUCAAGGAUAACCUGCUGUACAUCGAGGCCCACAACCGCGGCGGGCACUCCUACACCGUCGGCCUCAACCAGUUCGCAGGUCUCACUAACGAGGAGUUUCGGUCCGGCUACUGCGGUGGAAUCCGGAUGCCUGAAGGAGAAGAAGAGCAAGAGGCAGAAGGAGACGCCCCACCGCCGCCGGCACCACCACCACCUCAUCAGGCGGUUGUGCCUCCACCAUCUCCUCAGGCGGUUGCGCCGUCACCACCUCAUCAAGCGGUUGCGCCCCCGGCACGACCGGAUAUGUGA